UAGACACAAGGUAAAGCGUGUGAUUGGCGCCCCCCCUCUAUCCCCUACCCUCCAAUGCCUCCUUGUUCCUUGGUCAAAUUCCCAAUACCCAAACCACACAUUCUCAUUCCUUCAUUUAAGCGUAACUGUUGCCAUUUUCUCCAUGACCUUCAACCUCCGAAAACCCGACCCGAGAACAAUUCAAGUUCUCUAAGCAACCAUUUCGAUGAACAAAGUCAAGUUCGCUGCCACGUACCCAUCUCUCCCCCUUGGAAUUUUGCUUUCUUUUCUCUCGAAUUAGGUCAGAUUUCAAUCGCGUUUUAAUCUUUUCUGAAAACCCUUUUUGAAUUUUCACAGUCGUCAUUUUCAUCCUCUUUUACGGGUGAUUAGUCCAUUCGAGAAUAUGGUUUUUGUCAAAUGUGCCAUGAAUUUCAUUAGCCCCUUUUGCUGCUGUUAUGUCUUUGUUUCCUCUGUUUUCUCGCUUCAGUUCGAAUUCACCGGUUGUGAUUAAAUGGAACACUUUUUUUUCCUAAAAAGAAAUUACCCUCUUCGAUUUUACAACCAUGGAUUCAGUUCUUGAGUUCUUAUACCCAAAAUUGAUUCUUUUCGUGUUGGGUUUCUGGUCUUCUGUCGCCACCUAUUUGCUUCACCUGAUUCGUUGCUUGACAAGAAUCACUAGCGGUUCUUCAAAGGGUGUAUCAAAUGAUUUGCGGAUCGUAUCAACAGAAGCCAUUGAAGCGAGUUUAAAGGUAACUGAAUCAAACAUGGAAUUUGAAGAAAAACAGGAACUUUUACAGUUUUUAAGUAUAGAAAAUGAUGAUGUUGAUGAAAAAGUAGACGAAGAAGAAGCCCCUGAGUUCUCAUUUACCUUUAAAUUCCCUACCUUUGAAGAAUUCAAUAAAAACCAGAAAGAUUUCUCUGAUUUGCUUAAUUUGAUAGAACCCUUACCUGAAUUCAUCGAUCCAAUCGAGGUUUCAAUGGAAGCUAGUAAAACUGAUACAAAUUCCGACGAUGGAUCCUACCAUGUGUCAGAUAAAGAAGAUCAAACAAAAGAUGAUUUUGAAGAUCAAGGAGUGAACGAUGAAACGAUGGUUGAAAGUCCAAAUGAACAAAAGAUUGAGGAAGAAAAGGAGCAAGAAGAAAUCGAUACUUCCAUGGAAGAAAAACUUCACGAUGAAAGUUCAAUAAGUUCAAGAAAUCUUGAUUCACCUACAAAUGAUCUACAAUUCGAUGAUGGGUUUUUGUCAGAUCUAGACUUUGAAUUACAAUUUGAUGAAAAAGAACAAAAAAACUGGUCAAAACCCGAGUUUUUAUCCGAGAAUGAUUUUAGUACAAAAUCAAGAAAUUUAAAGGGGAAUGAAAAUGAGAAAAGUGCAUCGAAUGAUACGACAAACAAGUUGGAAUCUUUAUGGGAACAUCAGGAAUUGAUUGAGCAAUUAAAAAUGGAGAUCAAAAAGGUCAAAGCUAUAGGACUUCCGACAAUUUUUGAAGAAUCAGAAUCGCCUCCAAAGAUAAUGGAGGAAUUGAAGCCAUGGAAGAUUGAAGAAGUGUAUCAAAAUGGAGGGAAGAUGAGUGAAGUUCAUAAGUUUUACAAAAGUUAUAGAGAAAGAAUGCGUAAAUUCGACAUCUUCAAUUACCAGAAAAUGUACGCUAUAGGUUUCUUACAUUUAAAAGAUCCUCUUGAGUCAUCUUCAAGCUCAAAGUCUUUGGUUCCGGAAAUCACAACACUUCUUAACCAAAGCUUCACAACAACAAAAGGCAAGAAACAUGAGAAUGACCCAACAAUUAAAUUUAUCAAAGAACUACAAAGUGAUUUAGAAGUUGUGUAUGUUGGUCAAAUGUGUUUGUCUUGGGAAAUCCUUCAUUGGCAAUAUGAAAAGGCUUUGGAAAUAUGGGAAUCCGAUCCUCAUGGGAUUCGGCGUUUUAAUGACAUUGCGGAUGAAUUCCAACAAUUUCAAGUGUUGAUCCAAAGAUUUGUUGAAGAUGAAUCGUUUCAAGGUCCAAGAAUCCAAAAUUAUGUCAAGAAUCGAUGCGUUUUUCGUAAUCUUCUACAAGUUCCUGUGAUUAGAGAAGAUCAUUCGAAAAACAAGAAGGCGAAAAGUGAGGUGUUCUAUGAUAUUACAAGUGACACACUUGUUGAAAUUCUCGAAGAAUCAAUACGAAUAUUUUGGCGAUUUGUUCGUGCUGACAAAUAUAAAAGACAAACGCCUAUAGAGUUUCAAAAACCCGAGGAUUCCCAACUUUUCACUGAUCUCCAGAAAGAUUUGCAUAAGAAGGAAAGAAAGCUAAAAGAACAAUUGAGAAGUGGGAAUUGCAUAUUAAAGAAGUUGAGAAGAUGUAAAGAAGAAGAAGAGAUUGAAGAUCAAGUGCUUUACUUCUUUUGUCAAGUAGAUAUGAAAUUAGUGUCGAGAGUGCUACAAAUGUCUAGAUUAACAAGUGAUCAAUUAAUAUGGUGUCAUAAUAAACUAAGUAAAGUUAGUUUUGUGAACAGGAAGAUUCAUGUAGAGCCUUCAUUUUUGCUCUUUCCUUGCUAAUUUUUAGGCCUAAUCCUAACACCCUUGAUGGUGUAUUUUGUUUUAUUAUUUUUAUUUUGUACAUUUUCAGUCAAUGUUUUUGGUAUUAAUAUUGUUACUUUUGCUUCU